GCCCGCGGCGGGACAGCUUCCGGCGCGGCCGAGGGCCCGGGGCCCGGCCCUCCCGCUGAGAUCGUGCCCUGCGCCCCGCCCCGUGCAGCUUCCCGGAGGGUCACCGGGCCCCUCGCCCCCAAGCCCACCGAGCCCAGAAUAUAACCCGGGCGCAGCCCUGCGUGGAGGCCCGACCCCUUCCUGCCAGAGAACCGAGUCGCCUCUCCGGGCGCCGGGAUCCUUCCUGGCAGAGGCUGCGCUGGGAGUGAGCGCCCCCAGGCCGGGAGCAGAGGGCAGGGCAGGGUCAGCCGGGAGGGUCAGCCGGGAGGGUCUCGCCUGGCCUCCGGCCCCCUAGGCACUGGCAAUGGCCCUGCAGCUUUGCUGGGGAGCCGUCCUUGCCGUAUUGUAAAGUCUCAUCUUCCGCGGGCCAGGGCCGGAAUUCCAGCGCACGCCCACUUCAGGCUGGCCCUCCAGAGAGGGCCCUCCUUCUGGGCCUUGUAUCCCGACCCUCACCUCCCUAAUCCUGGGGAAAGUCCAGCCUGGGAGGGAAGGGCAGGAGCUGCUCAGCAUUAAUGGCGAAGCCACAUCGCGUGCGGGGAGCCGGACUUGGCCAGGGGAUGAGCGUUAGCGAGGUUCUGUCCUCCUGGAGGUUGGUGUCUAGACUGAGAAGAGAACCCAGGUGCCCUCCUCCACUGUUCAAAUUCUAGCACCACAUGGCUUUGGGGCGCAGGGCUGGGUGUCCUCACAGCCACCCUCCAGACCUGGUCCCCGGGUUCUCGAGGAGCAGGGUGGCAGUUUGGCAAAGCGAAAGCCCCCAGGCUUCAGCCCACAGUCUCUCCAAGUACAGUGUCGGGGAGUUUUCCAGAAUGAUUCAUCUCAUUGUGGGUGAUUGUCUUAAAGCCACAAGCUGUCGCUGGAGACGCUGUCUGAAUUUUUAACCUCAUUCUUGCGCUAGGAUCAGACCGAUGGCCCAGGAGAAUUGGGAAUUAGUUGUGGUUAACUGUAUUUGGCCUCAGGUCAAAAGUCCGUUUAAAAAGUGGGCACCAGAUGCUACAGCGUAGAGGUGGGAGGACGAAGACCCAAUCCCUGAACCGUUCUGCAAACGUCACGCCGAACCUGGACUUGAAGAGAAUCGCAGGAGCUGCUGAUUCGCGUCAAGGUUGGACCUACCCACGACGUCUCACUGAACCUGGAUUCAUACUAGUUGUUCUUUUCCACCUGCAGAGGAGCACUGAGUCUUUAUCUCAUUGGCACCUCCUGACAACUUCUGGAGGUAAAUAAAACCUCUGUUCCUGUCCCGGAGAAGAUGGACAGAGGGACGGGGAAAGGACACUCGUGUGAGCUUCCGCGAGCUCGCUGCGGGUGGCUCGGAAGCGUUUUCUCAUGAAGCUUCGUGGCCGUCUUGCAUCUACAGCCGAGGGAGAUGCGACCCGGGAGGCGUGAGUGACUUGCCCUGGGACCCGCGGCCGGCUGGACCCUCACCAGGCCCACCGCUUCUCCGUGACGUGACCUAGGGCGCCAUCCCGGCGUGCCUUCUCCUCCAGGAUGUGAAGCAGGCAGAGAAGCAAAGUGCCGCCUCUCUGCACGUCCCGUCGGCUAGGAUGUAUCUCAUGAAUGCGCCUCCUGUGCUCGCCCUGCCGUCCAAAUGGGAGGCCUUUGGCCCACCCGGGAGCUGUAGGUUUCCCGGAUGCUUCUCGGAGCCGAAGGAGGGCGUCCCGAGAGCGGCGGUGAGCGCCAAGGUGCAGGCGGUCAUCAGCACGCUUCAGGGGGACGGGGCCGCCCUGGGCAUGAGUGGCGAGCAUGGCCGGCAGAGAAGCCAGAGAGCGGAGAGGGGCCGCGGCACCAGGCUGGCUACCAGCCCCACCUUUGCCGCCUGUGGUCUUGCUGUUGGUUUUGACCCCAAGGGGGAGGAGGAGGCCGCGGCCCUUGGCCCCCUGGUGCUGGAUUCGGACAGUGAUGAUUCCGUGGACCGCGACAUUGAGGAAGCCAUCCAGGAGUACCUGAAGGCCAAGAGCGGGGCCGCCCGGCCUCCCGCAGCCGGUCGAUGCAAACCAGAGCCGCCUCCGAGCGGCACCCCGACCGCCCUGUGCCCCCCAGACCUUGCAGCUGGCCCCACUGGUGUCCCCGGCAGCCACAGGGGAGUCGGCCAGGACCAGGGCUCUGCCUCGCCGCUCAGCGUGAGCAGUGAGGACUCCUUCGAACAGAGCAUCCGGGCGGAGAUCGAACAGUUCCUAAGUGAGAAGAGGCAGCACGAAACCCAAAAAUGCGACGUUCCUGCAGACAAAAAACCAGACCCCGCUGACAGCUUGGCCCAGUCGGCGUCUAGAUCCAGCAGAGAGCCGACGGGCAAGGCCUACCAGCAGGAGCUGGCGGGCGCCUGUAAGGAGUUCACCUUCCGGAAGCCUCCCAGGUCCACAAAGGCUGGCGCGCUGCCCAGAGGCCCCAGGUGCAAGGUCACCGUUGAGCCCGCCGCGGCUGCGGGCCGCCCUGCAGAAGCAGCCCCUGGUAAAGUCGGGGUCAGGAGGGGCACCGGCUCAGGGAAGAGGGGAAGGCGAGCCAGGAGCGCGGCCCUGGUGCCUGAGGCGGCCGACUCAAGCAGCGAUGAUGGCAUCGAGGAGGCCAUCCAGCUGUACCAGCUGGAGAAGAGGAAGGAGGCAGGCGGCGAGCCGCCGCAGAGGGCCCUGCCCGCGGAGGAGAAGGACCCCGGGCCCCCUACACACGGCACGGGCCUCUGCACCAAGAGCACCUGGCUCGAAGGCCACGGGAAGACCCCGGGCAAGAAGAAGCCAGUGGCCACCAAGGCCGCGGACUUCAGCCCGGGUGGCCUGGACCCCGACCACCCCUCCAGGCCUCCCAGGGAAACCGUGGCUCCUGCACCUCCAGGAAGUACAGCUGCCGAAAGCAAGUCUGUGGACGGGUCCCCGUGCCGCGCAGACACAUCCGCGGAGCUGAUGUGCGCUGAAGCGAUCCUGGACAUUUCCAAAACGAUCCUGCCGGGUCCCCUGGAGGGCGGCACCAGAUCCCCGCCCACCAGCCCACUCCUGUAUCCCCACGACGUGCCUUCCUGCUCCGACGGUGACAGCAGCUCUGUGGACAGCGACGACAGCAUCGAACAGGAAAUCCGGACGUUCUUGGCUCUGAAGGCGCAGUCAGGGGGGCUGCUGCCCAGGACGGAGACGUGCCCGCCACCGGCACACAGCCCGCUGCUGCCGUCCGGCCUCAGCGCCUCGGCCUCCAAAACGCCGGACCUGUCACUGAGCUGCAAGAGGAAACGCGGAGCAGGCAACACCGCUGUGCGGCCGUGCACGCCCAAGAGGACCAGAGACACGGCCGAGGCGCAGGAGGGCGCCCGGGACGCCGACCGCAGCCAGGGGAGAGCGCAGCCCAGCCAGGGGAAAGCCAGCGAGGCCCCGGGAAGGGAGGGUGAGACCUGGGGCCAGCCUCUCCCCUGCAGGACGGGCGUGCUGGGUGAUGAGCACGGGGCCCCGGUCACGCAGGGUACCGUGUUGCCAGGCCCCGGGAAGGCGGCCGAGGCGAGGCGCGUGGAUGAGAAGGAGAGCUCCGAGGACAAGAGCAGCUCGCUGGACAGUGACGAGGACCUGGACACGGCCAUCAAGGACCUGCUGCGGUCCAAGCGGAGGCUCCGGAAGAGGUGCAAGGACCCCAGAGCCGGCUGCAAGAAGAGGGUCAGGUUCAGCACCACGGAGACGCAGUUCCUGGAUAAAGUAGGGGGCUUCCCGAAAGACUGGAAAGACCGAAGCCCACAUCUGCUGAAAAGCUGCCUCUCAAAGUCCAGAAAAGAGAGCCCGGGGAGACCCUCGCACGUCCUCUGCCGAGAAGCGGUGAGAGCAAAGCCAGACGGCAUGGCAGCCGAGGACGCGCCCCCGGCUCCCCGGUCCAGGGGCCAAGCCGCAGGAAGGAGCCUGUUCUCUGGUGAAUCGGAAGCCCGUGAACUUCGUGGUCCGGCCCCAAGCCCCAGUUCCCUGUCUGAUGACAGCAGCUCUGUAGACAGCGAUGACAGCAUUGAACUGGAGAUUAGGAAGUUUUUGGCCGAAAAGGCCAAGGAGUCCGUGAGCGGAUCAGAAAUUCAAGGAGGGGGCCCCACCGCUCUCGGGACGGGGAAUGGGGGCAAGCCAGAGCUGCCGUGCCGGAAAGUGCUACCUCCCGGCCCGGCCCUUCAGCCUGGCAUGUGCACCCGGAGCCAGAGGUGCAGGGGGCCCUUGCAGCCGGCCGAGGGACCGAGGGGCCCGGGCAGAGCCUUCGCUCCGGCCGGGAGGAGCAGCCCCCGCGCCGAGCCGGCCUGCAGCCCUGCAGCCCUGGCCAGAUGCGAACUGGUGCCGCCCAGGAGCGCCAGCGGGACCGCGUCUGCCAAAGGGUCACCAGCCAGUAGGAGAACCGCCUAUGCGCCCAAAGAUAAGAGCCCGAGGGGGGCCGAGGCUGCCGCGGGGGAAAGCGCAUUGGCUCAGCUCCCGAGCUGCAUGGAGGCUGGCGCUCGGGCAGACAGCCGGAGGUCACUGGCACGGACCCCAGGCGCCGAGCGAGAGGGGAGGCCCCGGGCCGGCCUCGCCCUGCCCUGGACUGACAUCUCCCCCCAGAGCCGGUUGCAGAGCACCUGGGCACUGAGCACGAAAGGUAGGGACGCGGCGGCGUGGAAAGGGGGCCUCAGGGGCCAGAGAGAGAAGCGGCUGGAGGGCCAGGCCCGGGGCUCGCCCAGCCUCGCCGUGGACCCCAAGAGAGGCCUGCCUUUUGCCGGCUUCUCACCACUGCUCUCCACGCAGCUGUUUCACUUCGGGAAGAGUGUCUGCUGGGGGGGGAAGCAGGCCAGCCUCUUCAGUCCCCCCCUGAGCCUGCCUCUGCAGGGCGCAUCCUUCUCGGCCUUCCGAGAGACCCAGGCUGGCCACGGCCCAGUGUUCGGAAGCUCACACUUGCUGGUGAAGCAGGAGGGUGGCCGCUGGCCGCCCAGGAAGUCCCAGGCAGGGCUCAGUCUGCCCGACAGGAGGAACUCGGGGCCGGAGGAGAGCAUCUUAGACCUGCGGUACAGGCGGAGGGGGGUGGACAGAGACGAUGAAGACCAAGAGGUCCUGGGCAGCGAUGCCAGCGAGUUCAGCGAUGCGUCUGUGGAGGAGGGCGGCAGCCUCUUGGCCAAGGGCCCCGUCCUCCAGCUGUGAGCACGCUCCUGGCCGCGGCAAGUGUGGGCAAAGCAUGUGUGUGCCCGUCCCCACAUGUCACACACUCCUGAGGAAAGGGCGGAGCCCCGGAGGCCCCUGUACAGCCUGUAUAUAUGUACACUAACGCGAAAGGAUGUUUUUAUUUAACAGAUGUGUCCUGGUAAAUAUAAUUUUUGUAGGCUUUUUGUAAAUUAUUUAAAGUGCUGUAAAAAAUAUUUUUGGUGAAUACCAUUGUUGGAUUUUGUAGGGCGUCCCUCGGGGCAGUUUUCCGUGGUCUCCGCACUAGUCUUAGAUCAGCAAACACUUGGUUCCGACUGUCCCUGCACUUGGGGUUGAGCGCUGGUGGCCGUGGCCAGUCGUGGCCACAGUUCGGGCCCGAGGAAGGCAGCAGCUGGUGCCCCGCCUGAGACGUGCCAGAGCGCCCCAGCGGGCUUGGUUGGGACACUCCUGGACAGCACUUCCUAUGUAAAAGAGGCCCGAGCAUGUCUUCAAUUGGAAAAGUGUUUCAAAGCACAAUGGCCAGCGAGGAAACGGGCCAUGCCAGUUGCACGUAGGAGUCCUGAGUGAGAUCUCAGGGCCGGUCACCAGUUCACGCCUGAAGCCUGUGUUGUUUAACGUCCAGUCCUGUUCAAUCAUGACAUGAUGCUACCGGCUCAAUAAACCUAUUUUUAUACAGGAGCUGCCGUCCUUCGUUUUUAGUCACAGCUCUAAAAAGGUACCAGGCAGCCCGUGUGUUUUAAAUGCCCUUGUCCUGAUCUGGGCAAAGCAAAGAGGCAGCGGCUGCUUCAUGGGUUCUGGUGCCCGGAGUCCUGAGGACCGAGGACAAAGCCCACCGCCCUCCGGGAACUGGGCUCGCUGGGACUGUGCUCCACCAGCAGGGGCGUGCCCGUGCUCGGUGUGUUUGAGCGGCGGUGCCACGCACACAGGGAAGAGCGUGGCAUCCUAUACCUUGUGCUCUGAGGCUGCUGCGGUGCCCACAGCUACAGAAGAGGCAGGUGGGAACCUGCACACGUGAGGCUGAGCGCUGACGUUUACCCGCGAUCGUCCAGCAAACUGAUCGGCUGCCGCGAUUGUGACAACUCAUCAGUAGCUGCAAUGGGCCUGGAGCAAGGUUUAAUUUGCAGCUGAAGUUGUUAUUCUGAUGUGCAAGUGAAUUUUCUACAUGUUGUGCCCCCCCCCCCAGGUCUUAGCAGGAAUUCACUUCUGUACCCAAAUGGGGACGUGUGCCAGCACCCACAGUCAGUGUCCGCUGGGUCAGAUGCUGUGACGAGCAGGCCCUGUGGACUCUGUGACCGUCUGGUGCCUACGCGCUGUGCAUCCGAUACUUCCGUUGUCGAAUAUUCAUUCACUUAAGUGCUUCCCGGAAAAACAAUUAAUAAUCCAUGCUUUAAAUUUCAUUUAAUUUUGAAGGAGUGCUUUUAACACUUGAAAACAAAAAUCAGCUUGUUUUGUAUAUAAGAACUGGAUUUUUUGUUUUUUGGUUUUUUUUUAUGCUAAUAAAUCAGGCACUGCUCACAAAUCAGUUGAUGUAGUCUGUCCUGUGCAGAGUGGCCUUUGCAGGAUGUUGACGUGAGAACCCGAUGUCUAGGACCUGCCAGUGUUCUUCUGUGCCAUCGUGCAUUUAGUCCUGAGCACCUGUCUGCUCCUGCGGCCCAUCCCAGUCUCCCCCAGACCCUUUGCACCUUCCUCUCCCCCUGCCUCCCUAGCCCCAGUCUGUGUGCUUACCUGGCAGUGCAGGCCAUGCCUGGUUUUCACAAACUGGACGUAAACGUGAUCGUGCGGGCCCAUCCCUGGAUUGCCAACAAGCCAUGCUGCGUGAAAGAGUUUUGCUUUCCCUCUCUCCAACAUCCUAGGUCAACUCUGGCACACACUGGGGCCAAGGUCCGAGGUCCCCCUGCACCCUGUCUGCAAAGGGGGCUGCAGUGGGGGGCAGACGGGAGCACUGUCCCUCAGUGAUGGCUGUCUAUACGUUUGCAGCCCUGGUACAGCUCCUCCGAUGAUCCGGGCCCGACCCUGCAUCCCUGCAUCACAGCAUCCCUGGAGCUGCUGCAUGAGAUGGCACGUGUGCCCGCACUUGUAGGAAGAGUCUCGGCGAGGGAGAGGGUCUUCCUAAAGAGAAGAGUCAUGGACUUCCCUGAUGGUGCAGUGGUUAAGAAUCCUCCUGCCAAUGCAGU